GUUUGCUCAGCUUGAACCGCUCUCAUGGGUUGCUUUGUUUUGUGAUAAGAAUCCUGUGAUUGAGAAACCUUGGGUUGCUUUGUUUUCUGAUAAUCGACAUAAAGAUUUGGGUAGUGAAUUGAGGUUUGUUCCACUUGCUGUCUCUAAUGGACAGAGAGUUGCCCGAUUUCAUUCGGCUGAUGUAAAACAACAGGAGUCAAGGUGGAGGAAUACACUGGUAAGCUGUGUGUAUGGGUUACAGCCAAGGCUUGAGAGACUGUCUUUUUUAAUUUUGCUAUGAUUAGGUGGAAGAAGUAUGGUUUAUUAUCUAUUUCUAAGGUGAAUUCGAAGUUGUUUCUUUUCCAUUUUAAAUAAGGAAGAGGGGUGUAAUCAGCUAUUGAAGGGUGAGCCAUUUUCUUUUGAUAAUUGACCUCUUAUUUUGAAGAAGUGGUAGUCGAGGAUGAGUUCAGAUAUUUCAUCAGUUUUCUCUUUGCCUUCUUGGAUUCUACACCCUGGUCUACUGUGGGAAUUUUGGUCUCCUUUAAUGCCGAGCAAAAUAGGUAGUGUUUGAAUUGUGGUGUUCCCCUUCAAUGUGAUAAGUGUACUUUGUCUUUGAUGUAAUUGGGUUAUGCUCGUAUUCUUGUUGAUAUGGAUGUGCUUAUGGGGAGUUUCCUUGAAGUUAUUGAAUUGCAAAAUGAAAAUAGUACUGGUUUUUCUCAAAAGAUUGUGUUUGAGUGGUGGCCUAUUGUAUGUUAUCACUGCAGGAAAUUUGGGCAUUCAAAGCAAGAUUGUGGUUUGAUGAAAAAGCAAAAAUCUGUGUGGAAAUUUAAAGAUAAGCACUCUCAGGAUAAGAGGGGAAAGGGGAGCUUGUGGUGUUUGGAGCCUCUGCUGUAAAUACUAGUCAUUUUGAGGGGUUGGCAAGUCAAAAGGAUGAGGCUGGAGGUCAAUCUAGAGAUCCUGCUGACAGUAAUUCCAUUGGUGCUCUAGAUGCAGAAGUACAGAAGAGGUCUAUUCUUCAUGUAUGGCUAUGUGAUGUAAGGAAGGAAGUAUCUGUUAAUGGUGUGCCAGAUAUUUCCAAUUCUAAUUCUGGGAGUGGGAACAAAUCUCCUAGCUUAGACCCUUCCAAAGUUGUGGAGGCUUCUUCUAUUGGGGGAGAUUUCCCUACUGGUUUGGUUGGUGUUCAGGAAUUAAAGGAAAAGCCGUUUGUUUCCUUGCAAUAUGGGAUAUCUUAUAAUGUGCCUAGUUGUAGUAAUCAAUUUGAGCUUUUGGAUGUUGGUAAGAAGGAAUGUACUUCUAAGCUUACUGUGGUGGAUGGUAAGAGAGGUAGGAAGUCUUCUCUCUCAAAAGUGUUAAAAGAUGAUUAUGUCUUGGAAUAUUAGAGGAUUGAAUAAUAUGCUUAAACAAGCUGAAAUUAAAGCAAUGCUUCCGAAGUAAAAGCUCAAUAUUAUGGGUGUUUUGGAGACAAGAGUAGGUGAAAUGAAUGUAGAUAAUGUGUUUGCUAGGUUGAGGUUUCCAAAUUGGAAGCUAAUGCACAACUACUCUAGUAGUGAUAUGGGGAGGAUAUGGGUUUUAUUUGAUCCUAAUAUAGCACAGUUGUUUGUUGUGGAAUAUGGCUUAUAAUUUAUUCAUUGUAGGAUCAUUUGGCACAAUAAGAUUUUUUUUCUGGACUUGUGUGUAUGGGUCCUAUGAUAUGUCUUCUAGGAAGCUAUUAUGGCAAGAUCUAAGAAGGCUUGGCAGGAAUGUUGAUGCUCCUUGGCUUAUUCAGGGGGAUUUUAAUGCUGUAUUAAGUAAUGGUGAUAAAAUUGGUGGGAUUCCUAUUAAUAUUGAGGCAACAAAUGAUUUUCAGGAGUGUCUAUUGAAUCUAGAUUUGCAAGAGGCAGUGCCUAUGAUUGGGCCAAGGUUCACUUAGACAAACUUUCAAGAGGGUGUUUGAAGGACCUAUAGGAAAAUUGAUUGGUACUUCAGUAAUCUUAUGUGGCUUAACAGGUGGGGUGAUAGCCUAUGCUCGGUGUUGAAUUCAGGUGUAUUUGAUCAUUGCAGUUUGCUGGUAAAAUUUGGUAAAGGUUGCAAGAGGAUUAAGGCUCACUUCUGAUUCUUUAGCAUGUGUUGUGAGCAUCCAAAUUUCUUUAAAGUUGUUCAGAGAGUGUGGGGUACCUAAAUUGAUGGUGGGAAUAUGUUUUGGGUCUACCAAAAGUUAAAACUUCUAAGGGUUGAAUUGAGACAACUUAAUAGUAGUGCUUUUGGUAUGAUCUUAGAUAGAGUACGAAGUAUAGAUGUGGUCUUGAAAAUAUCCGGAGCCAAUUGUUGACUGGUCCUUUCAAUUUGGAUGUACAGAGAAAACAGAAAUCUCAAGUGUUGCAAUUACAACAACUAUUGGCUUGGGAGGAAAAUUUUUUAAAGCAAAAAUCAAGAUGCCAAUGAAUUAGAGAAGGAGAUCAAAAUUCAAAAUUCUUCUUUCGCAUGAUGCAAUAAAGGAAAGCUAAGAAUUUUAUAUCUCAGUUAACAUUGAAAAAUGGAGUUAUAUAUAUGUUGUGACCAAUCCUCUAUCUUUGAGGCAAUUCUGAAGUAUUAUAAGGAGUUUUGGCCAUGCUCACUCAAGGAAUGGUAAAUUUGAUGCUUCUAUUUUUCAUGAGAAGGUUGUACCUAGUAAUUUGUGGGGAAUUUUAGACAAGGAGGUAUCUGUUCAAGAGGUACAGGAGGCUCUGUGGAGUAUCAAGAAUGAUAAAAGCCCUGGACCUGAUGGUUUCAAUAGUUUUUUCUUCAAAAAAUCGUGGAGUAUUGUGGGCCCUAAUAUUAUUGCAGCUAUUAAGGAUUAUUUUAGGAAUGGGCUAUGUUAAGGCAAGCCAAUUCAACUUUCAUUACCCUUAUUCCUAAGGUUUCUAGUCUGCAAACAUUGAAUGAGUAUCGGCCAAUAUCCUAUUGAAAUGUGAUCUACAAGAUCAUUUCUAAAAUCCUUUCAAGUAGGUUGAGAGGCAUAUUGAAUCAUAUUCUGAGUCACAAUCAAUCUGCAUUCAUUCUAAGUAGAAGAAUUGCAGACAAUAUUUUGUUAGCUCAUGAACUAGUCAGGGGAUAUCAUAGGGAGAAAGACUCCUAUUAUGAUAUUAAAGUGUACUUCCAAAAAGCAUAUGACUAUUUUUCAUGGGACUUUCUGAAGAGAUAUUGAUUGCUUUUAGAUUUCUACCACAUUUCAUCAUGCUAGUUAUGAAUUCUGUGAGGUCUUGCAUGUUUUCAAUUAUGAUAAAUGGACAGUUGGAGGGGUAUUUUCAAGGGAAACAAGGCCUGAGAUAAGGAGAUCCAAUAUCUCCUCUAUUAUUUGUGUUGUGCAUGGAUACUUUACAAGGGUUCUUAAUAAAGCUGCAACUCAAAAGUUUGUUUUUCAUAAGCACUGCCAUGAGAUGAAGUUAAAUCAUCUGUGUUUUGCGGAUGAUCUAUUUGUUUUUCUAGUGGGGAUGUUGGAUCAAUUAUGAUUAUUCAAUCAAUCAUUCAACACUUUAAAACUAUAUCUGGACUUCAACCUAAUUUACAUAAGAAUAUGAUCACUACACCAAAGUAGGGCUUCUGCGGCGUUUAUUUAGUGGCGUUUAUGAAAAACCCCGCCAAUAUAAUUUAUUUAGCGGCGUUUUUUAGACAUAAACGCCGCCAUAUUCUUUCCGGGUUUUAAAUAAUUUUCGCUUGGAAAAAGAUUUACAUUAGCGGCGUUUUUUUUAAAAACGCAGGUAACAUAGAGGCGUUUCUUGAAAUACACGCCGCCAAAUUAAUUCGGGAAAUAAGAGUAAUUAAAGUUCAAAAAUUUAAUUUUUAUUAGUGGCGUUUAUUUUAUUUGGUGGCUCUUAUAUAAUAAAACGCCGGUAAGAUAAUUUAUGGGCUUGGAGAAUUUAACAUGUGGAAAAUAUAUAUUUAAUUUAGCAGUGAUUAUUUUAGUAAACGCGAGGGAUAUAUAUUGAUAUGGCGGCAUUGUUGGGGUUAUUGGGGUUAAAAUUAUCUGCGAAAAUAAAAUUUAUAUAACAGCGUUUAUAUUAAUAAACGCCGGUAAAGUUUAAUGUAAAGAUUAAAACUUUUUCUUUCGAUUUCUCUCCCCUUGUUUCUUCUUUAUUUCUCUCCACACCGCACGUUGUUCUCCUUUCGCCCUGUCUUCUUUUACUUCUUGAGCACAAUUGAAGCUAUCGAGUUCCUAAGGGUUUUGAAGAAGGCCGCCGCCGCCACCGUGAGUACUCGUCGGAGCUACCGGAAUCGCUGAACGCUGAUGAGCUUCGUCUUCAUUGGAAUCACGGCAUAACCUUCGAUUGUGGAUUGGAGACCAGUGUAAGAAUCGAGGGGUGAAGCAAUUCACUGAGCUUUUGAGGGAGUGGUCGAGAUAGCCGGGGUAUUGCAUAAAUGGCGUAAGUCACGAUUGAGUCAAGAAUACGAAGAUGGAGUCGAACAAUUUCUCAAUUUUGCAUUUGCCAACUCAAGUGAAGAUGAUAGGAUCAUUUGCCCUUGCAUAAAGUGUGUGAAUAUCCAUUGGCAAACACGUGAAACAGUGCUUGAACAUUUAGUUUGUGAUGGCAUUCUACAAGGUUACACAUGUUGGUUUUUUCAUGGAGAGCGUGUACCGUCACCUAUCCAUGAGCCAACAAACACAUUUACAUCUCCAUCAAACUCUAAUCCUCACUUCCAAACUUCUCGUACAAGACCAAAUAGUUUGGAAGAAUUAUUGCGGGAUGCUUUCAACACCCAUCAAGUUGAUAACGAGGGCCUACCAUCUACUGCCGAUGAAUUCAAUGUUGAGGUGAAUGAUGGAGGUGAAGCUCCUAUAGAAGUUGAUGAACAACCUUCUAAAGAAGCGGCAAAGUUUUACAAGUUGCUUGAAGAUAUGAACGACAAACUUUAUGAGGGAUCGCAUCAUUCUAGAUUGUAUUUUUGCAUUCGACUUUUCCAUCUGAAAUGCAUGUGCGGGAUGACUGCUAAAGGCCUUGACCACUUGAUUGAAUUUUUACAAGAAUUUUUUCCCUCGGCCGCAAUUCCUGAAAGUAGUCAUGAGUCGAAGAAAGUUAUUAAGGAUUUGGGUCUUGGGAUGAAAAAAUUCAUAGUUGUCCAAAUGACUGCAUGCUAUAUUGGGAACAUAAUGAAGGUAAGCAAUCUUGUCAUAUUUGUGGUCGUUCUCGCUGGGUUUCUACUGAUUCUGGUGAACGUUUGAAUGAUGACAAUGAAGUGGUUCACAAGAGACCUGCGAAGGUUUUACGGUAUUUUCCAUUAAUACCAUGACUGUAGAGACUUUUCAUGUCGACUAAGACUUCUGCUGAUAUUAUCUGGCAUGCUAAUGGUCGGACCAAUGAUGAACUGUUACGACACCCUGCUGAUGCUGAGGCAUGGAAAUCAUUUGAUGCAAGAUAUCCUGACUCCGCUUUUGAUCUUAGAAAUGUUAGGCUUCGUCUUUCUUCGGAUGGGUUUAACCCAUUCAAAUUAUUAAGUACUUCUUAUAGCACUUGGCCAGUGGUGUUGAUUCCUUAUAACUUGCCACCGUGGAGUGGGAUGAAACAAACUUCUUUUCUUUUGUCAAUGAUUAUUCCUGGAGACAAAGGUCCUGGAGACAAUAUUGACAUCUACUUACAACCUCUUAUUAAAGAGUUAAAGCAAUUAUGGGUUGGUGUAGAGACGUACGAUGCAUCUGUAAGGAGAUAUUUCAAUAUGCGGGCUGCCUUGUUAUGGACUAUUAAUGAUUUCUCUGCUUACGCAAAUUUAUCAGGUUGGAGCACUAAAGGGAAAUAUGCUUGUCCUUCUUGUGCUGCAGAAACUUCUUCACAAUGGUUAACUAAUGGCCAGAAGUUUUGUUAUAUGGCACAUCGGCGGUGGCUAGAACAUAAUCAUCCAUACAAAUCUCAGAAAUAUCUGUUUGAUGGUAAUGUAGAGAUGCGUGGAGCUCCUUCAGUUACUACUGGAUAUGAUAUUUUAUUAAUGUUGAAAGAGUUGCAAUUUUAUUAUGGAAAGCAUGGAAAAAGCAAACUAAAAAAAUCAAACAAUAAUAACAAAGCGAAGAAAAGACCACAACAAGUAUCUGAUAUUGACUUGGAAAUUGAUGAUGACGAAGUACAAGAAGAGGAAUCAACUAAAGCAGCUUUGUGGAAGAAGAGAAGCAUAUUCUUUGAUUUACCAUAUUGGCAGCACAACCUGCUUCGCCAUAACUUGGAUGUGAUGCACAUUGAGAAGAAUGUUUGUGAAAAUAUUGUUGGAACACUUCUUAAUGUUGAUGGGAAAUCAAAAGAUAAUCUAAAAUGCAGACUUGAUUUGGUUGACAUGGGAAUUCGUCGAGAGCUUCAUCCUCAAUAUCUUCCCAAUGGCAAAACAAGACUACCACCUGCUUCUUUCUCCAUGACAAAAAAGAAAAAGACCUAUUUUGUCAAGUCUUGAAGACUAUAAAAGUCCCAGAUGCUCACUCUUCAAAUAUAUCAAAAUGUGUAAAUCAGAAGGAGCGAAAACUUCAGUCUUUAAAAUCGCAUGAUUAUCACAUAUUGCUGCAUGAUUUGCUUCCAAUUGCUUUGAGGUCAUCCAUGUCAAAGCAAGUGACUCACGCCAUUUCAGAGCUUUGUAACAUAUUCAAAAUUAUUUGCAGUAAAGUUCUUAAGGUGGAAGAUCUUGUCAACCUUCAAUAUAGAGCAACAAUAGUUUUGUGUCAUUUAGAAAAGAUUUUCCCACCUGCAUUCUUUACUGUAAUGGUGCACUUGGUUGUCCAUCUACCAAUGGAGGCCAAAAUCGGUGGACCUGUGUAUUAUCGAUGGAUGUAUCCAAUCGAGAGGUUUUUGCUCAAGUUAAAAUCUUAUGUUCGGAAUAAACGAUAUCCUGAAGGAUCUAUUGCUGAAGGAUUUUUAGCAGAAGAAUGUGUCACUUUUUGUUCUAGGUAUUUGGUUGAUGUUGAAACGAUAUUUGAUAGACCUAGGAGAAAUUUAACACAAGUGCAACAUGAGCUACUUGCAAAGUCGUAUUUAUUUGAAAGUGGUGGAGAACCAAUAGGGAAAGUUGAAUUAGCACAGUUAGAUGAUAGAUCAUGGACGCAAGCACAUCGUUAUGUGUUAUUUCACUAUAAAGCUAUUGAAUCACUCCAAAUUGAGUAUAGAAAUAUUUUGAAAGAUCAAACAAGAGGUCGACGUUCAAAUGCUCGUGAUCUUGAUAGGAAAUUUACUGAAACUUUUCAUGAAUGGUUGGGAGAAAUGGUUUCUCAUGGAAAAAAUGUGUCAGAAGAAAUUAAAUUUCUUGCACAAGGUCCAAAUAGGAUUGUUAAGAGAUAUAAAUGACUCGUCAUUAAUGGAUUUUGAUUCCAUACUAAAGCUCGAGAAAGAUUGAGGCGAACUCAAAAUUCUGGAUGUCUUGUUACUUCUUCGACAAUGAGCUAUGCCAGUGCUAGGGAUGCUAAUCCAUUGGAAGGAAAUGUUGACUCCUAUGGGGUGCUAAAUGAUAUAAUUGAGUUAGACUACUUUAACAAGUUCAAGGUUGUGUUAUUUCGUUGUGAUUGGGCUGAUGUGAAUAAUAGUAGGGGGCUCAAGAAAGAUAGAUAUGGAUUUACAAUGGUAAAUUUCUCUCGCACGAUUCACACUAGUAAACAUAUCCUCGAUGAGCCUUAUGUGUUUUCAUCACAAGUGAAGCAAGUUUUUUAUUCUGAAGAUCCUAAAGAAACUGGUUGGUUUGUUGUGAUACGUAAUCAACCAAGGGAAGUGUAUGACAUGGGUGAUGAAACAACAGAUGAUGGACCUCGGACUGAAUGUUUACCUUCUUCUCAUGAGAGUAUCUUCAAUGAUAAUGAUGACGGUCAAUGGGCCAGUGAAGAUGUUGACGAGGACAUUUAUGACUUUUGACAGUUAGCAAUGUCUUAUACCAAUUGUAAUGACUUUACUUGAUUUUUAAGGUUGAAAUUGGAAACUACGAUAUCUUCUAUGAGAUGGGCAUUUAGCUAUCUUUAGAUCAGAUAGUAAAGCUAACACAAGAAACAAAUAAGAUUCUUCCAUUCACAACACUGCUGUCACUGCACACACAUUAAUUCUUCUUGAUCAGGUAAACCUGGUAGAAGCACUUGAACAGGAAGGCGAUAACAUUAUUCAACCAGAAGGAAACUUUUAAGCUUCAUUUGGAUUGUUCAGAUCU